CAUUAUCGCCAUUGUUGUUGAUAUUUUCACCCACAUCCACAGUACGCAGAGAGUUGGUUUCGGAACGGAAAAGGGACGUUUUAAAACGUUCCUUUGCAGCCGUGCAAAGAUGAAUUUUGCGCCGGUAUCUUGUAAGGCGUUUAGCGCUAUGCAGAACCUGGACAUAGCGCAGCUAGCCACCUGUAGCGAGCAGGAAAUAAGACCGCUGCUGCCGUGUCUAGUGCGAAUGAGCUUGCUGUCGCCGCUGGACAACACCAAGGGAUGGGCCGAUGCACGGAAAAAAGUUCUUUCCCUGCUGGUCGGUAUCGAGGUGGUGAAUAAUAUUGUUUCACUGCUGCAAGUCAAUUAUCAUGAGCUGGAGAUUGAUGUAAAGAAAGAACAGCAGAUUAGGCAAAAGAUUGGAUACACAACACAGGACUCGGCACAGUUCCAUAGCCUUCCGAACGGUAUUGUGAUGGGGUUUGAACGAGCGGACGGCACGAAUAAGGUUCGAGUGGUUCUGUCGGAACUGUUUUACCUUCAGGCUCAGAUCAAUGAGUUGGCCACGCAAGCGUCGCUACAAAAAUCUUCCUCCAAUGAGCUUACCAUACGCCCGUCCGAGCUGUUCGACAAUGAAAUCUAUCUGGAAGAAAUAGCCGAUAUCAUCUGUAUCGCACUGGCUGAGCUUCCUUCACUGUUGAAUCUGCAGGAGGUAGUCGAAACGCUCCUGUACGUCCGCAACGGUUCCAAUAUUGUUUGCUGGAUUGUAGCUAACAUGCCGGAUUGUUUUCGGGAGGUAGUGACCGCCUUAAUAACGAACAGCGAUGAAGACACAACGGAUGGUCGUGUGAAGCUUGCGGCAUUGUACGAGCUGAGCGAAAUGAACCCCAGCCAGGCACUUUCGAUGCGUACGAUCUGUGUGGAAACGGUAAAGAUGCCUUCACUGAUGCUAAAACUGAGCCUUCAAGAUCCCCAGAAUCUGGUGGCAUUUGUGUGCGGAUUACUGCUGGGCAAUGAUCAAAACAUUCGCUCCAGCUUCGCCCUAUACAUCCGCACGAGCCAGAAGCGUAAAGGAGAUGUGUUGCAUCAGCUGCGGGAAGAGUUUUUGAAGCAGCUGAUGAACAUAAACCUACAAUCCGUGAACGGUACGCUACUCGAAGAGCUCGUAGUGCAGGCUGCCGCCAUCGUACGUCUUUACUGCGCACUACGUACCAUAUCGGGGAUCAAGUUCUUCGACGAGGAAGUUCAACUGUUGGUGCAGCUGAUUACUUCAAAACCACCUCCGACGCCGGCCGGUAUUCGCUUUGUUUCGUUGGGCCUUUGCAUGUUCAUUGCAUGUCCUUCGCUUAUCACGCACCAGUCGCACGAGGCCAAGAUGAUAGAAUGGAUACAGUGGCUUAUCAAGGAGGAAGCGUACUUUGAAAGUGUGAACGAAGUUUCGGCAUCGUUCGGUGAGAUGCUGCUGCUGUUGGCAAUCCAUUUCCAUAGCAACCAGAUGGUACACAUCACCGAGCUGGUUUGUUCCACGCUGGGCAUGAAAUUUUCCCUACGCCCCAACACGAUCACGCGCAUUAAGAUGAUCUUUACGCAGGAAAUCUUUACCGAGCAGGUUGUGGCGGCUCAUGCCGUCAAGGUUCCAGUAACGCUGAACCUUAACGCAACCAUCCCCGGGUACCUACCGGUGCACUGUAUUCACCAGCUGUUAAAAUCGCGUGCCUUCUCCAAGCACAAGGUUCCGAUCAAGAGCUGGAUUUACCGACAAAUCUGUAAUUCGGUCACACCGAUGCACCCGGUAUUGCCGGCAUUGGUGGAAGUUUACGUCAAUUCGAUCAUUCUCCCAAAUCAGAAGGGAUUGCAGGAGCAGCACACACAUAAGGCGCUUUCCGAGCAGGAAAUAUCGCAGGUGUUCCAGAAUGCUUCCGGUUUAUGGAACAAAGAACAACAGAGCAAGGCUAAAACGUUGAACCCGACCGGUUCGGAUCGGCUGACGAAAGAGCACGCGCACCAACAGCCAAUGGAGGUGGACGACUCGGGCAAUCGGCAGCCAAAUCUCACUCCCCAGCUGCUACUUCUCUACUAUCUGCUGCUGUACGAGGAUAUCCGCUUGAGCAGUAUGCCACAAAUAAUUGCCAGUGGUCGGCAGGUGAAGAGCUACACCAACGAGUUUAUGUCGGAGCUUCCGAUAAAGUAUCUUCUACAGCAGGCACAGAAAAAUCAACAAGAAUACAGCGCGCUGUUUAGUCCGCUGUUGCGCUUACUGGUGACACACUUUCCGCACCUUUCGCUGGUGGACGAUUGGAUCGAUGAGGACUGUAUCGCUUUCAAUGAUAGCUCGGCGGCUCCGACCAUCAGCGAGCACAUGAUCGUGGAAGCGUUCGAAGAGAUCGACCUGAACCCGGCACGCAUUAUCAAACUAUUGCGCAGAAUGUUGCGCAAGUCGGCCACGGAGCUAUGGUCACUGGCACCGACCUUUAUCCGCUAUUUCAAGCAUACACUCAAUCCCACCGUUCCGCUGCUACUGCAAGAACUGUACCGGCAGGUUUGGAUGCGGUUAAACACGAUCUUCCCGCGACGGCUGUGGGUGAUGUCGAUAAACGCUCUAAUGCCCGCCGAUAAGGUAACGAAAAAUUUUACACUCACCCAGGAAAAUAUCCUGUUCGAUCCGCUGCAGGUAUUGCGCUGCGAUAAACGUGUCUUCCGCUGUUCUAAUGCGCUUACAAUUGUGCUGCGUAUCUUGCAAGCGAUACUGGCGGCUUCCCGGAGUCAGCUUUCGCGCCACAUGCUCGAUAAACCGCUGAUUGACAUCGGUAAUCAGGUCAAAACGGACAACGACCGUGAGGAGCUCAAGCUGGCAAUGAUCGCUACGCAGGAAAGCGUGGCGGUGCAAAUUAUACUGGAGGCGUGUCUCGAGAAUGAAACAGACUGUUCGGAACCGGGCCGUCUGUGGGCGCUCCGGGAGGUUCGAGGCGUGAUUUGCUCCUUCAUUCAUCAGAUGUUUAUCGCGGAACCGUCGCUUGCGAAGUUGGUGCACUUUCAAACAUAUCCUCGCGAACUGCUUGCGAUCACGGUUCGCGGCAUUCCUUCCAUGCACAUCUGUUUGGAUUUCAUUCCGGAGCUGUUGAGCAUGGCCGAGAUGGAUAAGCAAAUAUUUGCAAUCGAUCUUGCGUCGCACCUUUCGCUGCAGUAUUCGCUGCCAAAAUCGCUGAGCAUAGCCAAACUGUGCGUUAAUACGCUAAUGACGUUGCUGGGAGUGCUCUCCGGCGAUACUCGCAUCGAAAUGUUCCGUGCUGUGCUACCGUGCAUUGUACGCUUUGCUGAAGCGUUUCCUCCCUUGCUAGACGAGUGCAUACUGUAUCUGCUACAACUUGGCCGCAUAGUACAAUCCCAAGCUGCCCUUGGUCGAUCCACUUCGCUUCCUUCGUUGUACGUUGGGCAGGAUUGCAAGCGUCGUUCGCAGAGCGGACAACUGCAGUACGCUGAAAGCUUGGUUGAUGAGGUGCGGGAAACUUUCUCCAAAGUUUUGGAUGCGGCAGUACUAAGUCCUAAAAUAUAUUCACACUCCGAAACGUAAGGGAAUCCUGCUUCUAACACGAAUUAUACGCAAUCAUACGAAUGUUUGUGAAGACAACAGCGUUAUUGUACAAAACAAAACAAAAACAAAAUAAACUUUUAAUCUGUUUUUAUGUUUCCAAUUCA